AUGCUGUGUCUCGGAUUCACCAUCAUGGCGUCCUGCUGUUCAGUGCUGUGUGCAUCAAACACACCGAUAAAUACUUUUCAGAUCGCCAUCUCACGUUUUUAUAGUCUCCGGAGCACUGAUAAACUGGGUGUGAAACCGGAUGUUUCGGAAGCGUACAUGCGUUGGUCUGAGUGGCAACGGGAACGAAUAAAUGAAAAGCUGAGAAAUCUCUCGGGCAUAACGCAACCGCCAGACGAAUCAGCCUUGCCACAGGUCAAACAGUUACGUGAUUUGCUGGGCAAACCGACUGGCAAAGUGAACGCCCCUGUAACGCCCGAAAGGACUAUUCACAUUUCUCAACAAAAGGUGAAUCAGAUCGAUGCUACGAGCGCUAGUUCUGAGACAGUACAAUUGUUACCCAAGGACCACCUCAACUUUACUAGUAAUGUUAAAGCCAAUGUCAGUGAGAUCGCUACCUACACAACAGCAGAGUCGGUUAUAAUGGCCUUGCUUACAGUGAUCGCCAGUUUCAUCACUAUCUCAGGUAACAUUCUGGUACUACUAUCCUUUUUUGUCGAACGUGCACUCCGAACAGCAACCAACUAUUUUAUUGCGUCUUUGGCAGUUACAGAUGUACUUAUCGGGUUGUUUUCAAUGAAUCUUUAUACACUGUAUCUCAUACUUGGGCGCUGGCCCCUAGGACGUCUCUCGUGUGAUUUGUGGCUAAGUCUGGAUUAUACUGCGUGUCUGACCUCACAGUAUACAGUGCUUUUUAUUACUGUGGACCGAUUUUUCUCCGUCAGCAUUCCUGACAAAUAUCGCAACUGGAGGACUGAUGGAAAAGUUGGUAUAAUGGUUGCCGCAACUUGGCUCAUUCCGUCGUCGGUUUUUUUCACCAUUAUAAUUGGGUGGCCCUACUUCAACACACCUGUCAAACCUAGAGCCGAGGACAAAUGUUCCGCGGAAUUUGCGAACGAUCCCAUAUUCAACACAGUGUUCACCGUUUGCUACUUUUGGGUCACAUUGUGCGUCAUGAUUGGCCUAUAUGUUGGUAUCUACCGCGUUGCGGACAACUUACAAAAACGAAGUGAUGAGAAACGCAAUCGCGUCAGUGGUUUAAUCACACAGUCCACAGCGAUAAACCACAGCCAAGCGUCCCAAGUGGUUACUACCAACCAGGGAGGAAACAAGUUCAGGCCUAUGAAUUCACAGCCACUGACUCAUAAUAGUGCUGGCGGAACCGGAACCAAUGAGUCUUCUGGAUUUGACUCAGAAGAGGAGCAACAAAAACGAAUAAAUACAGCUUCGAACAACCGGAAGGGGGUGAAGUUACGAACAACUGACUCAAGUUAUUCUCAACCCCCUCGACCUACGCCAUUCGCUAACGUGACCCCGCACAGACCUUCGAAUGCUACACAGAACACACUACCCCCUUUGAAAAAGCCUGAUAACUGCACACAUGCGUGUCCCGUACCUACGAAACCUCCGAUGCAAGUCUCUCUAGCAGAAUCACGUGCUUCAAAUCCGAAGCCUCCAAAAACGUACAAAAUGAGUCCGUUAAAAAGGCAGAUGGAAUGUCCUUUGCAUCCACGAUUUUCGAUUACGCAAUCCGUCGAUCAGUCAGAGCAGUGUAAACAGAGCCCUGCACCAAUAUGUGUCCAGCAGCAGGAAGGGCUAUUAAUAUCUUCCCCUAUCCUCACAGAUGAUGAAUCCGGAUUGGACUUCCAGGACAAUUUGCCCGUAACCUAUUUACCUCCAUCUCCAGCAUUGUGUAUUUGUUCCGAUUUGGAAGACGAACAGGUAGAAAUUCGACAGAGUGGAGUACUCACGGAUGCAGAAACGUCAAUAAAGCAAGCAGAUCCAAAUUCACUCAAAAAUCAUUUAGCAACGAAGAAAAUACAUGAAACCCCAAAUUCAAACAGCAAAGCAAAAGAUUUAAAAAUACAGUCAAAGACUCCACCUAAAAUUCCACCAGUAGAGCAACAGUCUGACUCAGCUUAUCAAAACAGAGUGCUAGAGACGUUUCGACGGAGAAUGGCGGCAAAUAAUAUACCUUUAUCGGACUCCCAAGACUCGGGGUGCUUAACCUCAAGCAACCGUUCCUCACAACAGCCAAGUACGCAGGUGACACGUGAGACUGGCCGUCAUCAAAACAUGAACCAGGCUAGUUCCCCAACACACAGAACAAAAUAUACAAAAGACGGUGAUUCCUUUGUUUGGGAUGGCGAAUUACGGACAGUGGAUUCCUCCUUCUCUGAUGUAAAGAUGAUGCAAUCCUUCGGUGAGGUAGAUGAAGCCUCGGUGGUUUGGAAACCUCAGCCUUAUUCAGAAAUGGACAGCUACAGUAUGGGGUGUUCAUUGCACGCAUUGACGACCUAUUGUGACCAGACAAACACCACGGAAUACUCAAAAUAUCAUCCGCAGUGUAUAAUAUGUGCCGGCCAGAAUGAAACCGACUCGCAGGUUUGCAAGUUAGUCGCAAUACAAUGGCACCACAAUCUCCAUGUAUACGGAGGGGAAGCAAAGAGUAGCAGUGCGUUUUUCCUCGACCCUACAAAUGUAACGUUUAAUUCCGACCCAGCUGUCAUCCUGGAUUUGCGCAUGGGCACCACUAAAUUGAAUCAGUUUGAAGUGAUCAUCUGUGGCGCCGAUGGUUUCCAUGACUACGGUCCAGCGUUGUUGGGUGACGUUACGGAUGACCAGAGGCCAUGCUUAUGA